AUGCAGUUCAGCUCUGUUCUCGUCUCUAUCGCUGUCCUUGUCGCAGCUCCUCUUGCUGCCGCCGACAAUUGCAAUGCGCCUCUUAACUACUGCGGCUCCAGCCUACUGAAGAAGGGGAGAUACAACGACCAGAUCCUCCAGGCUCUCCUCGUCGCUGGUCAGUCAACUGACUACAACCACAUCAACUACUCCAUUUUCAACUGCCUCGGCGGCGAGGGCGGUGCUAUCAAGUUUGUUACCUUCUGCGGGGGCAGCUGCAAGGAUAACGGUCAGGGCAAGAGCGACACUUGUUAA